AUCGGCGUCGGCUUUGUGGGGCACGCUAUUACUUGUAGCUAGCAAAUAACUGGAGUCGCUGCACGUCCGCGAGCGCUUUACCUGUUUCUGUCUCGCGCUUGAAAUCAAAAGCUUGGGCUCUCGAUUGUUUUCUCCUCAUAAUAGCAAAAGGAUCGGCAAAACAGGUCGCAUGCCACGCAAAAAAAAACCACCGCCACGCAUCAUUGAUGAGUUCGGUAGCCUUAUUGCAUCAUUGGUCGCGAGAUAUCUCGACAGCCUAAUAGCCGUGCGCCUGCUGCGCAAGACCGCGAAGCGCUGCAGCCCCGCGGGCGCGCUCCGGCUGUGGACGUUCGACUGCUGCAAUGAGCAACAAGCGAACGAGCUCGCGUCGGAGGUGGAUAGAGACGCGGUCAUCGUCGUGCGCGUGCACUGGAGUCUUCAAUCUGGGGUCCAACCAGGAUCACACGUUAUAGUGAACAUGAGCCCGUUCCCAGACGGGUACUUCCGUCACUGCGAAUCGAUCUGCCUCGUCGGAUUCCCACGAUACCUCGAAGCCGCGGUUGUCGACGCCGGCACUGGGAGUUCAAUUCGUUUCAUGCCUCAUGGCAACGCUCUCACCGCGCGCGACGGCUGGGCUGCCGUCUUUGCGGAAGCCCCCGCGGCGCAGGGCGUGACUCGUCGCUUCCGCCUACGAGUAAACGACGUGUCGAGGACAUUCUUCAGCACAUUCGAGGACGGCCGGCACGGAUCGUCCAAUUUCUGCGAACUCGACGAUGGCGGUGCGCCGGUCGACGUGCGCCUCGACUGGCUGCCGGUCCUGCCCGCGUCGCGGUUUCGCGUCGAGACCCGCGACGACCGCGCCGCGUUCGUCUUCGACCGCUCCUUGACGCGCGGCAUGGCCGCGGAGGACGCCAUCAUGUCGCCGCGCACCGUCUUCGGGACCCUGUCGGUGCUGGUCUUCCCGGCGGGUCGGAACAUUGGCGGGUCGGCUAAAGUGUUCCUCCGUCUCAUGACGUACGACGACCCCCGGGACCGGGACCGCUGGCGCCACUUCGACGUCGCCGUCGAGGGCCGACGCGUUGGUACGAUCUCGAACUCGUUUCGUAUGAAUAGAGAGCUUGCUGGACUCAACGUGGGCCUGUCCGAAGAGCUCUUCCCGCGAAGCCGCCCGGGCGGCCAGAUCGUCGUAGAGAUCACUGAGCGUCCCGCGACAUUGGGGCUGUGUGAUUGGAUUUGCGGCGCCUGUGGGAAGUUGCAUCAAGAUCCUACGCAACCUCCUGAGUUCUUCCACGGUGACCUAUCGGGCCAUCGCUGCAACGCGUGCCGGGCCCCGCUCAACUUGAGCAUCCUGGCUCUCCAUGCCACCCAGUAAUUCUUUUGGAAUUUUGCAAGCCACAGUACCACAAACUUACGCUCGAAAC